AUUCAGUCAACUCUGGCGUCUGCUUCUUCUCCCAUAGAGACAGAGCAAAGAAACCCCAUAGAACUUUCCUCUUUCUUCUUCACUAAAAACCCUUCUUCUCUACUAACAAUUCCCCCAACAAUUCUUCUCUAUCUCCAAACAAUGGAAGCUGCCAUGGAAGAUCCCAGUACCCCUUCUCCUUCGGGAAUCAAAGAUUUCGCCCUUAGCGGCAAGAUUAUGCUCAGUGCCAUCAUCAUCCUCCUCUUCGUCGUCCUUCUCAUCAUUUGCCUUCACCUUUACGCCCGCUGGUACGUUCUCCGUGCUCGCCGCCGUGGAAAUCUCCGCCGUCGCAACCGUCUCGUCUUUUAUUUCGAACCCGAAAACUCCUCUGCCCCACAUGGCGCCGCUCUCUCCCAACAUCGAGGCCUCGAUUCCUCUGUUCUCAACUCUCUCCCUGUUUUCACUUUCUCUUCUAAAUCCCAUUCCGAUCCCAUCGAUUGCGCUGUCUGCCUGUCUGAGUUUGAGGAGAAUGAAAAGGGUCGUACACUUCCCAAAUGUUCUCAUAGUUUUCAUAUUGACUGCAUCGAUAUGUGGUUUCACUCACACGCUACUUGCCCACUCUGUCGUUCACCGGUCGAGAUGCCUACGGAGGCACCGGUGGAGGUUGAGAUUUCCAUGGAGGAACCAGUGAUAGCUGAAUCCGGUUCGAGUUCUUCUGGUUUUUGCGCUGAGUGCGAUCGAUCAGACAGGAUGGCUCCUUCUUCCACCGGUUCUCGGUCGUUUAGGGCGCGACGAAAGCCGUCGGAAACGGGUGGAGUUUCGAUUGAGAUUCCGACGAGAAGGGAGGGGGAGUUUGCGUCUUCAUUGUCGCCGACAACUCCGUCGUUUAAGUCGCCGAUAAGUCGGGUGAUGUCGUUGUCGUUCAAGAUGAUCAUAGGUCUGGAGAGAAGAGGGGGGGCGUCACCGACGGGAAAUGGAGUGGGAUGCAGCUCCGGCAGCGGCGUGGAAGUGGAUAUUGAAAAGGGAAAGGAGAGCGUUCAAUGAAGAGGAAGUUGGAACUCGGAAAUUGACUCAGCUGCUUGGAAGACAAGUCGGGUGAGUAGACUGAAGGGUCAAAAGUCCAACGUGGAAACUGUCAACUCCAAUGGUGGAAUGGUUAGUCAGAUUAAGCAGACGUGGCAGUCGUGGUUUUCCCUUUUUUUUUUUUUAGUUUGUAUUCUUUAUGGAACGGAGAUUGUGACAUGUAGAUAUUGAUGUCUUAAUUAUAUAUAUAUAUUUUUUCCCUUCAUAUGCUAAAAUAGGAUAUAAACUUCAGACCUCAAAAAACAAUUGUAACUGAGUGAAGAAGCCUCCUAUUCUAAAAAUGGAGCAUUCUUUUAAGUCACAAAUCUUGGUUUAUUUAAAUUUAUGGUAACUUGUUAGUCUAAAGCUCUAAAA